AGCAGCUGCUAGGUAGGUGUUACUCAUUUUCGCGCAGUUCACUCGAACAGCAACACCAUGCCUGAACCAGCUAAGACCGCGCCCAAGAAGGGUUCCAAGAAAGCCGUGACCAAGACUGCAGGGAAAGGCGGCAAGAAGCGCAGAAAGACCAGGAAGGAGAGUUACGCCAUCUACGUGUACAAAGUCCUGAAGCAGGUGCACCCUGAUACCGGGAUCUCCUCUAAGGCCAUGGGCAUCAUGAACUCGUUCGUCAACGACAUUUUUGAGCGCAUCGCCGGUGAGUCUUCUCGUCUGGCUCACUACAACAAGCGCUCCACCAUCACCUCUAGGGAGAUCCAGACUGCCGUGCGUCUGUUGCUUCCCGGAGAGUUGGCCAAGCACGCCGUGUCUGAGGGCACAAAGGCCGUCACCAAGUACACCAGCUCCAAGCAAUGACUGCCUGAAGUCUGGAGACCAUGGACAUCACCAAAUACCACACUUGGAAUCAACUCCAGCCAUUUUACUUGCUUAAUUGAUGAAGAAAUAAUGAAGGAAUAGCCUACACCUGUCCAUGAAACAGCUUUUGAUUCAAAUGUCCAAUUUACAAAAAUUGGUCCCUUGAAAAAAGGAGGGUGGCUACACUCAAGAUCACUCAAUUCUUAAACCCUUACUCCAAUUUGGAUGCAAAUACCCUCAAAUUAUUUCAGCCCACUAUAUCUAUACAACUAUAACUUGAAUAUGUUUUGGUACAGUAAAUACCUAAAAAAAAAACCUAAAAAUGUGCAUGUGUCCAAAUAUAUAUGGACCGAACUGUAUAUGACAAGUGUAAUCUAGUUUGAAAGAUUAUAAGUCAAGAACUAAAUGUAUUGUUGUAAUUUUGAAAUUUGGCCAACAACAUAUAAGAUCAAAUAGUAUUCAUAACAGUAAGUUUUAAUUAUGUAAUUUAUUGCUUUUAUUGUUUUCUUGUAUUCUAAAAUGUGCAAAUGUAGCACCGGGUAAAAAAAAAAGAAUAAUAAAAAAUACUACUACUAAUAAUAAUAGUAACCUGCAACUAUUUGUAACCAUUGUGAGUUUUACUACUACUACUACUACUACUACUAAUAAUAAUAAUAAUAAUAAUAAAGGAAGCAGCAACAGUACUACUACUACUUAAAUGAGCAAAUUGUAGGCGCAAAUAAAAGCAAAAUUGGCAAUCAAACAUUCAUUGAAAUUUUAGAGCUCUGUACCUGUGGCCAUAAUUAGCUCAUAAUAAUAAACACUGGUGAUUUUCGCUCUGUUUAAACACAAAACAAAGAAUAAACACUAUUUUUCUUUAA